AUGGCAAGACUUUUGUCUCAUCAUAUCAGCUUCUUCUUCUUCAGCACAGUACUUUGUCUCAUCUUCCCUACAUUGUGCUGGGCUGAUUCAUCUCCAAGUCGGCAACAAAAGCAAACCCCAUUGUUUAUCUUCGGAGAUUCACUGUCUGAUCCAGGGAACAACAACUACAUCAACAGUACUUCUCAAUAUAAGGCGAAUUAUAGCCCUUAUGGGAUCAGCUUCUUCAAAUAUCCUAGUGGUAGAUUCAGUAAUGGCCGUCUCGUCCCAGAUUUUAUCACUGAGUAUGCAGAACUUCCACUGAUUCCACCAUAUCUCCAGCCUGGAUAUCAUCGAUACACUGAUGGAGCCAAUUUUGCAUCUGGUGGAGCUGGUGUGGUAAACCUCAAAACUCAACUUGAGCAUUUCAAGGAUGUAGAGGGGCGGUUAAGGAAGAAACUUGGUGAUGCAGAAGCCAGAAAAUUGUUUUCAAGAGCUGUAUAUCUUGUGAAUAUAGGAAGCAAUGACUACAUUUUCCCUUUGGCUUUAAAUUCCAGCAUUAUCAAAUUACACCCUCAACAAUACGUUAGAAUGGUGAUUGGAAACCUCACUUCUGUGAUCAAAGAAAUACAUGGGAUUGGAGGAAGGAAGUUCUGGGUCCCAAAUUUGGCUCCUUUUGGUUGUAUACCAGCCAUGAGAGUGGGCAACAACUGCUCUGAGGAAGCCAAUGCACUAGCCAAACUACACAACCAAGAACUUCCUAAAAUGCUUCAGAAGCUAGAAACUCAACUCAAAGGCUUCAAAUACUCAACUAGCGAUUUCUACGGCUUUCUCCUAGAUAUGAGUAAUUUCCCUUCUAAACAUGGUUUGAAGGAAGGGAAGAUGGCAUGCUAUGUGGGUGGCCCGUUCAGUGGAGCAUUGUGGUUCAACUCAUCAAUCAUCAUCAUCGACACGUUGCAGAUACUAUAUAUACAAUAA